AUGGCCACAUUGUUUAGCAAAGACAUUGUCGAGAAGGUGGAGACCAGCGAGUCAGAAGCCACAUCGUCCGAAGAUGAGGCCGAGGUUGCGGACGUCGAUUUGGCCGUCUCCUAUCGCGGCGAAGGCAUGCGUCAACUCACCCAGCCUCUUGUCUAUGAACCCCCGCUGGUGACCAAGGAAUCCUGGCUUACGCCCAACAUCAAGGCGCUGAUUCUGACUUCGUUCUUAUUCACCACGAUCACUGUAGUGCAGGUUUUCGCUGCGAAGAUUGCAAACUCCCUGGCCCUGCUUAUGGACUGCAUCUCCAUGGGAGUUGAUGCACUGACUUACAUGGGAAAUAUCUUUGUGGAGUGUAGGAAGCGGGACGGGAGCCCCCACGAGGGCUCGCAGAUCAUUGUUUGUGCGAUUUCCUUGGGAUGCUUGCUGUAUUUCACCUGGGAUGAGUCUCGGGAGAGCAUGGCAACUAUCGCAGCCUGCCGGGGCACAUCCGCAGCGGAAGAGCCAGACGACGUCAACGGAUACAUUACCCUGGCCUUUGGCAUCGGGGGAGUGAUCUUUGACAUCUUAUCCCUCUGGGCAUUCUACCACAGCAACCGAACCUGGUUCAGCAACGUAGGAAAGCAGGGCGGAGGCCGGUCCGUGAAUAUGUUCACAGCUCUCUUACAUGUGAUGGCCGAUUUCCUGCGCUCAACGUCCACGGUGGUGAUGUCCAUGCUCAUCCUCGCCGGCGGCUUUGAUUCUACCUGCCUUGAUGCUUACACUAGCAUGCUGAUCGGUGCUUCCAUUGUGGCUGGAGCGCUUUUUGGCAUUCUCAACUGGGCAAAGCUAGUGAGGCAGUGGUGCAAGAAGAUGGCCGCGCAGCCCAAGUCCUUGAUGUGA